GAAACCAUCUGGCACCGCUUUAGGGUUGCCAAAUCGAUAUCGGAACCCAUGUGUUACAUUUGAAGAACUCUUUUAGCUGAACGGAAUGGCCAAAAUAUUACAGAAAUAUGUCAAGUUUUCGACCAAGGAGCUGGAGAAGUAUGCCUCCAACUCAGGAUCUUGCGUACGAUGCAUCAACACAGACAUGCACCUGGCAAUGGGCCCGUAUGGGAUGGACAGUUUCAAGCAAGCGCUCUAUGAACUCCUCAUCCGUACCAAGGUGGGAAUCUACGAUUCCAAGCUUGACGGUAUUUGUCUGGGUAUCAAGAACAUUAAGAUGCUAGGUCACACAGCUUCCCUGCGAGCAGAUGACCCCACCAUGCACCUGCUCAUAAAUGCCGACUUCUAUGUCUUCCGGCCGGAGACGGGGGCCAUUCUGGACGGAGUAGUGCGUCUCAUUUCGAAGCACCAGGUCAGCGUUGUCAUCUAUCGCGUCUUCAACACCACCAUCCGCUUCACAAACAAAAAGGAGAGCCGAGAAGGCAUUACCAUGGACCAGGAGAUUAAGUUUCGCAUUAAGAACUUUGACAUAAGCAAUGUGAUGCCCUAUAUCGAGGGUGAACUUAUUGUGGAGGAGGACGAAGGAGCACAGAAACAGAACCGUUCCACCAAAUUUGCCAGCCCCCCGCCGGAGGUAAUAGAUGUGAAGGAGGAGAACGACGAGGAGAUGUUGGAUGGCCUGCUGAGUGUUUUAAAGCAGGAGCCUGACUUUGUGCCAAAGGAGGAGAAGGAUGAGGAGAAGAAGGAAAAAACCAAAAAGAAAUCCUCGGGCAAACGUAAAAAAACUGAAAAUGGUGAAACGAAAAAAGCGAAAAAAUCGAAGAAAGCAAUAAAAGAUGAGCCAGUGUAAAAAAUA